CGGAAGUUGAUCUUUUGUUGUUCAAGAUGGCGGCUGGCAUGUACCUGGAGCAUUAUUUGGACAGUGAGUGGGAUCUUAAUUACACACACACACACACAUAUAUAUCUCUGUAAUACACAGUGCAGCUGCUUGUCUCUCUAUAAUACACAGUGCAGCUCUCUAUAUAACACACCCAGGGCGACUGCUUGUCUCUCUAUAAUACACAGUGCAGCUCUCUAUAUAACACACCCAGGGCGACUGCUUGUCUCUCUAUAAUACACAGUGCAGCUCUCUAUAUAACACACCCAGGGCGACUGCUUGUCUCUAUAAUACACAGUGCAGCUCUCUAUAUAACACACCCAGGGCUACUGCUUGUCUCUCUAUAAUACACAGCAGCUCUCUAUAUAAACACACCCAGGGCGACUGCUUGUCUCUCUAUAAUACACAGCAGCUCUCUAUAUAACACACCCAGGGCGGCUGCUUGUCUCUAUAAUACACAGUGCAGCUCUCUAUAUAACACACCCAGGGCUACUGCUUGUCUCUCUAUAAUACACAGCAGCUCUCUAUAUAAACACACCCAGGGCGACUGCUUGUCUCUCUAUAAUACACAGUGCAGCUCUCUAUAUAACACACCCAGGGCGGCUGCUUGUCUCUCUAUAAUACACAGCAGCUCUCUAUAUAACACACCCAGGGCGGCUGCUUGUCUCUAUAAUACACAGUGCAGCUCUCUAUAUAACACACCCAGGGCGACUGCUUGUCUCUCUAUAAUACACAGCAGCUCUCUAUAUAACACCCAGGGCGGCUGCUUGUCUCUCUGUAAUAUACAGUGCAGCUCUCUAUAUAACACACCCAGGGCGGCUGCUUGUCUCUAUAAUACACAGUGCAGCUCUCUAUAUAACACACCCAGGGCGGCUGCUUGUCUCUCUAUAAUACACAGUGCAGCUCUCUAUAUAACACACCCAGGGCGGCUGCUUGUCUCUCUAUAAUACACAGUGCAGCUCUCUAUAUAACACACCCAGGGCGACUGCUUGUCUCUCUAUAAUACACAGCAGCUCUCUAUAUAAACACACCCAGGGCGACUGCUUGUCUCUCUAUAAUACACAGCAGCUCUCUAUAUAAACACACCCAGGGCGACUGCUUGUCUCUCUAUAAUACACAGCAGCUCUCUAUAUAAACACACCCAGGGCGGCUGCUUGUCUCUCUAUAAUACACAGUACAGCUCUCUAUAUAACACACCCAGGGCGGCUGCUUGUCUCUCUAUAAUACACAGUACAGCUCUCUAUAUAACACCCAGGGCGACUGCUUGUCUCUCUAUAAUACACAGCAGCUCUCUAUAUAACACACCCAGGGCGACUGCUUGUCUCUCUAUAAUACACAGCAGCUCUCUAUAUAAACACACCCAGGGCGACUGCUUGUCUCUCUAUAAUACACAGUGCAGCUCUCUAUAUAAACACACCCAGGGCGACUGCUUGUCUCUCUAUAAUACACAGUGCAGCUCUCUAUAUAAACACACCCAGGGCGACUGCUUGUCUCUCUAUAAUACACAGUGCAGCUCUCUAUAUAACACCCAGGGUGACUGCUUGUCUCUCUGUAAUACACAAUGCAGCUCUCUAUAUAACACACCCAGGGCGACUGCUUGUCUCUCUAUAAUACACAGUGCAGCUCUCUAUAUAAGCACACCCAGGGCGGCUGCUUGUCUCUCUAUAAUACACAGUGCAGCUCUCUAUAUAACACACCCAGGGCGGCUGCUUGUCUCUCUAUAAUACACAGUGCAGCUCUCUAUAUAAACACACCCAGGGCGACUGCUUGUCUCUCUAAUACAGUGCAGCUCUCUAUAUAACACACCCAGGGCGACUGCUUGUCUCUGUAAUACACAGCAGCUCUCUAUAUAACACACACAGGGCGACUGCUUGUGUCUCUAUAAUACAGUGCAGCUCUCUAUAUAAACACACCCAGGGCGGCUGCUUGUCUCUCUACAAUACACAGUGCAGCUCUCUAUAUAACACACCCAAGGCGACUGCUUGCUUCUAUAAUCACAGCAGCUCUCUCUAUAACACACACAGUGCUCCUGCUUGCCUCUAUAAUACACAGCUGAUUUCUGUAUCCAUAUAACACUCAUACAGGGUUACUCUCUGUAUUUACAUAACAAAUGGCAGCUAUCUGCCUCUAUUAUACAUAGUUUCUGUAUAUGGAGGCUCUCUGUAUUUAUAGAACACACAACACAUCUACCUAGCUCUCUGUUCCUAUACCGCACACACAGGGCAGGUAUGUGCCUCUCUAUAAUACAUGAGUCUUGUAUCUAUAUUACACACAGCAGUUAUAGUCAGCAUUCGGAACUCCGGAUGUUAUGGACUACAUAUCCAUAACAUCUGGAGUGCUGAUCAGGUGAAUGCAGCCCCCAUCAUCUGGAGCGCCAAAGGUUGCCUUUCUCCACUCUAGGAGAUGUAUAUGUUACACUGCAUAUCCUCGUUGAUGUAGAAUGCAAACAUAAUACAGUUCUCUACCACUAUAUCACACACUGGAAAUGGAUAGAGAUAUUGCAAAGUUUAGUCCAAAAUCAGCAAACUGGAAAGGUUAUUUUUCCCUACUGUUUGCGCCUUGUAUUUUAGCCUAAAACUUAAAAUUCCUUUGUUAGAUCAUGACAAUUCCUGUUUUAAUGAAUCGGAGAAUAAUAAAUCCUUACCUGUAAACUAGGGAUUCAAUUGGCACUCUUAACGCUGUAACCUCUACCAAAUCAUUCUAGUGGUCAUGGAGCUCUGAGUCGGUCUGCUCCCUCCCCCAAGUUUUAGCAUGUAGUUUGACAAAUUGUGGCUCACCUUGACACGCGUGGCCUUGCUCCUCUGCAGCUACAUCUAUGCAGAUUUUUUUAUUUUCUUAUUGUCUGUGCAAAUCCAUCCAACUUUGUACACCAAAUGGUAGGCUGAGAGCCACCCCACCAUGCGCAUUGCUGGUCAAAGUUUGAUAAAAUAUCUAGUGAUGCCAGGAAUUACACAUUGCUAUACCAUAUAUUUGCACUCCUGUAUCCCGUGCUUUCUGUAUUUUGUGGUGUUUUUUUGUUUUUACAUUUUUUAUGAAGUUUGAUAAGACUGGGGGGAUGAGGGGGGUGGUUAGAUUGUUUAAGGGCUUUUCAUUAAAUGGGUUUCUGUGGCUAAGUUUUAUGAUCACAAUGCAAAUCCUCAUAAUAUUUCAACAUCUAGUGAAAAUCCAUCCUGUAAUGUGGGCCCAUUUUAGCACCUUGUGGGGAUCAACAAUUUUGUCCGAAGUGUUUAAUAAGCAGAUGUCUACACACUUUUAUUCAUAGUAUAUUCCAUGAUUGAAAUACAGUGUAGUUCAUUACGUGUUUUUUUUUGUUUUGUUUUGUUUUUUCCCUCAGAUUUUGCAAUACUUCAGGAAAUAACUGUUUUUUAUAGGGUAGAAAUAUUUAUAUUACUUACUGGUAGAUGCUGUUUGCUUUCAUUACAGUUUGUCCUUAGUUUUGGUCAUAUGUACUUGUGUAAUGUCUUCAGAUAUCUGCAUUUAACCUUAACCUAUAUAUUUUUUUGCAGGUAUAGAAAAUUUGCCUUUUGAACUUCAGAGAAACUUCCAACUAAUGAGAGACCUGGACCAGAGAACAGAGGGUGAGUGUUUCAGUGUCAUGUCCCUUUAAUCUGAAGACAUCAUAACUUGAUCAGUGCACCUUUUGCUAGGACAUCUGGACUCGCUCAGUGAACUUUCAGUAGGAUGGUGUGACUCGACAUCUUAAUGCGUCUUUGCUAUGACGGUGACCCACUGAUUGAUUGUGCCUUUACUAGGACAAUGUGACUUGUUGACUGAUUUCACCUUCACUAGAACAUCGACAGAACUAGGAUUGUGUGACUUGCAUACGAUAGAACAGUGUGACUUAAGCGUGACCUUGCCAAAAUGUUGUUGACAUAUGCUGAUAGUGAGUCCACUCUAGAACAGCAUAAUAAAUGUUUCUUCCUUUCUUGACCCCACUUUCUUUUCACAGACUUGAAGUGUCACAUAGACAGAUUGUCUUGUCAGUAUAUGAACAGCGCUCGAUCUAUGAGCUCUGAAGAGAAGCUUCAGCUCCUCAGACAAGUGCAGGAGGCAUACGGCAAGUGCAAAGAGUAUGGGGACGACAAAGUGCAGCUUGCAAUGCAGACAUAUGAGAUGGUGAGAGGCCAACAAUAGCUGCAUGUCAUUACAAUAUUCUAAUAUUUCUAUUUGCCAGGAAUAAAACACAUAGAUGCCCACAACCCUGUUAUUAUUUUAUUAUUUAAAUAGCGCAAUCACAUUCCAUAGCGCUGUACAACGGGUGGACUAACAGACAUGUAAUUUUAACAGACAAUUGGACGUACAGGAACCGGGAAGGUGGAAGGCCCUGCUCAAUGAGCUUACAUUCUAGAGGGAGUGGGGUAUAGUGAAACAAAGGGUAAAAAUAGGGAUACAAGGUAGGUUGUUAGAAAAGUAUUCAUUGAGGGCUUAGUAGGUAAUUUUUGACAGUUGCAGGAGAGGAGUCCUGGGGGAUGGGGGAUAAAGACCUGCUAACAGUUUAAUUGAUAUGCUUUUUUGAGUUUUCAAAUUUUUUUUGAAUGAGUGGAGACUGGGUGAGAGUCUUACGGAGAAGGGAAGGGAGUUCCACAGAAGAGGUGCAGCCCUGGUAAAAUCUUGGAGGCGAGCAUUAGAGGUGGGCGUACGGACAGAGGAUAUACGUAGGUCUUUGGCAGUGCGUAGGGGCCUCGACGGGACAUACUUAUGUAGUAGGGAGGAUAGGUAGGUUGGAGCAGCAUUAUGUAGGGACUUGUAAGCAAGCACCUGAAUUUUGAGCCCUAUAUCUAACUGGAAGCCAAUGUAGUGACUGACAGAGCGGGGAGGCGUGGGAGGUGUGUCCGGACAGGAAAAUAAGCCUUGCUGCCGCAUUCAUUAUAGAUUGCAGCGGUGUAAUCUGGGAAUACGUAAGACCACUGAGAAGGGGAUUGCAGUAGUCAAGGCGAGAGAGAACAAGAGCAUGGACCAGCACCUUCGCCGCAUCCGGGGUUAGAUAGGGGCGAAUGCGCGCCAUGUUUUUGAGAUGGUAGCGACAGGAUUUGGCGACUGAUUGGACAUGAGGAGUGAAGGAGAGGUUGGAGUCAAAAAGAACACCCAGGCAGCGAGCCUUCGAGGUAGAGGUGAUGGUAGUGCCGUUGACUUGGAGGGAGACAGACACGGGAGUAGUAACACUUGAGGGAGGAAAGACCAGAAGUUCUGUUUUGGAAAGGUUGAGUUUAAGGAAGUGAACAGCCAUCCAGUUGGAAAUCGAAGAGAGGCAGUCAGAGACACGAGUCAAGAUGGGUGGAGAGAGAUCAGGAGAGGACAGGUAGAUUUGCGUGUCAUCCGCAUAGAAAUGCUAAUGGAAGCCAAAGAUGCUGAUGAGUUUACCAAGGGAGGCAGUAUACCAUUGGAUGGUUGUCGGUAUGGAAAAAACACUAUUUCAGAUGCAGUGGCUGUACUCCCUGUGAAGAUAAAUCAAGCAACUCCCAUUUCAGCUGCCAUAAAUCCAUUAGAAAAGCAGAGAGAUACAUAAUGCCCUCCACCACCAUUUUUUGUGUGUGUGUGCUAAUUCUGUUCCCAUCUUUACUAUCUUCACCUUAGGUGGACAAGCAUAUUCGCAGGCUGGAUACUGACCUUGCUCGUUUUGAAGCUGAUCUAAAAGAGAAACAUAUUGAGUCCAGUGACUAUGACAGCUGCUCCAGUAAAGGCAAAAAGAGUAAGUGACUGCCUCUAUCUCACCUCAUACCACUACUUAGUUAUCUGCCCCACUGUACCAUCUUCAUCUCAUAAUUCUCUACCUCAUCUCAUACAACUUAUAUAACACCUUCCUGCUGUUGCUAUCCCUGACAAAAUCAUACUGACCCACAAACUUCCCUUUGUGUUUUUUUAACUUACCCCCAGAUCUGGUCCCUUAGCUCUUUGUUCCUGUGUACACAUUUGAGUAAAAUUAUGAUUGUCCUCUCUGCAGAAGGCAGAGGUCAGAAGGAGAAGAAAGCUGUAAAAGUCAGAUCAAAGGUGAAGAACUCAGAUGACGAGGCUCCAAAGAUCAACCAGAAGAAAAUCAAACUAGUCCAGACGUGAGUGACCUGUCCAUGUGGGAUAAAAGGAAACCCCAUUUUGGGGAGAGAAGACCGUGCUAUUGUGUGAAGGGUGUAUCCAUAUAAAAAAGAUUGUAGUGUGGCUAAAUGGAAGUUUGUUUUAUCAUUUAGGGCAGAGUAUGGCACACCAGCUACAAAUUUUGGCAAAGUGCACCCCUCUGAUGUCCUGGAUAUGCCUGUGGAUCCAAACGAACCAACAUACUGUCUGUGCCAUCAGGUCUCCUAUGGGGAAAUGAUUGGCUGUGAUAAUCCAGAUGUGAGUUUGCUUUACUCUUGCUAACUGCAGAUAAAGACUAGUAACGUGUCAUGUAAUUCAGUACACACAGUCUAUUAGUGGUAUGUUUGGCUGAGCUUUAAGAGCAAGGGAGUAUUUUGUCAGCCACGGUUUGUCACGCCUGUCAGAGCACUCGUCAUUGGGAACACACAUUCUUCUCAGUAUGUUUGUCAGUUUAAGGUUGCAUGCCUGACGUUUUGUCAGUGUGAUCUUAGAGUCACUGCUUCUGCAUUGUCAGUGUGUGCACGCACUCCUUUAUGUAAAAUAGUGAGCGUAUUUCUUAUUUACUGCCUGUCCCUGUGCAAAUGUACUCCUUUUUCCCUACUGCUUUAUGUACUGCCACAUUGGUUAGCACAUAAUCAUUCUUGUUUUUUGUGUUUUGUUUUUAUUUGCCUCAGUGCUGGGCAUUUAACUUAAUAAAUGACAGUUUUGCAAACCUUGACAGGUAAUGGGCAAAUGUGAGGGUCUGAUGCUGUGCUCUCACAAUGACUUAUUUUUUCCACAGUGCUCCAUUGAAUGGUUUCAUUUUGCCUGUGUUGGCCUCGCUACAAAACCUCGUGGUAAAUGGUGAGAGUCCAUUGUUCUCAUUACUGCUUAACACUCACUCAUUACACAAAUUCACUUCUUAAAAUCCCCUUUCGGCAAACUGUCUAACCCUCCCUCUCACUUGCUACUGUCUCAUCUCACUUCCUAUCCAUCCUAUGUGUACUUUACCUUAUCCUUUAUGAUACUCUUUCAUUAUCACAUUAAGCCUCUUCUCUUUCCUACAUAUAGACAAUAAAAAAGGGAAUCUAAGAACCAAAAAAACUUUUGCUUAUUGAAGCAGUUUUGGUGUAUAGAUCGUGCUCCUGCAGUUUCACUGCUUAUUUAUCUACCAUUUAGAAGUUAAAUCACUUCUGUUUCUGUCUAUGCAGCCAUAGCCUGUGACUCAUACAGCCUCCAUGACAAACAAUGUGUUUACUUUAGAAUUUCUUAAAUCCUGCUCUGUUAAUUGAAUCUUCAUGAGCCUAUUCCUGGCUCUAUUUGGUCAUCAACAGAGUAGGCGAUAACAAAUUGUAAAUUAAACAGUGUUGCAAUAAAGGAAGCUAGCAGAUUUACUGGGUUAUUCACAAAAGUGAGAUCUCACUGUGAACUUCAAAUUUAAAUGCAAAAAGCUGAACUGGAAAUAUUCUCUAAUUCAGCUGCUUUGACCUAAAAUUUGAAAUUCACUUUGAGUUUUCACUUUAGUUAAUAACCUUGUUAGCCUCUUUUUCGUGAACUGUGAGCGUCUCAGCCAGGGGAGGUGUGACUGGGCCUGCAUAAACAAAGUGAUUUAACUCCAAAAUGGUGGAGAAUUGAGCAGUGAGACUGCAAGCAUGUAAUAUAUAUGCACCAAAACUGCCUCAUCAAAUUAGUUUUUUUGUUUCUAAGAGUAUCCCUUUAAGUCAGGGAUGGGGAACCUUCGGCGGUCCAGAUGUUGUGGACUACAUCUCCCUUGAUGCUUUGCCAGCAUUUUAUUAAGAGCAUUAUGGAAAAUCUAGUGCAGAACAUCCGGAGGACCGAAAGUUCACCUCCCCUGCUUUAAGUAUAAGCAAAUUAAUUUGGAGAAAUAGACCGUAAUCCCCUAGUAUAUCUAGUGAGCUCUGCUUAAAGUAAUCACUUUUUAAUCUGUCCCCAAGCUGGGUUAAUUCUCAUUCAUGAAACCUCGGUAAAUGUCUCUCAUCAAAUCAAACAUACAGACCUCCUCCAGCAGUGCCCGGUGCUGCAUAUCAAGUUUCCGACCCUUUCAAGCUCCAUUCAUAAUGACAGGCAUUUGGAUACACUCCUGCUGACUUUUAACCCGCUGUGCAAUAGACCUUAAGGAUUAUCUGAAAAUAAUAAAGUAAAACCCAUGAGGAUGUUGGGAGCGGUGCCCACGUAUCUCCACAGUUUGCCUAGCCCCUCUAUGCCCUCUCUUCCACUCACACUCUUGCUCUCACACUUGGCGUGUUUGUGUGGACAGCUGCCCAUGGUUUGGUUGUUGUCUUUAUCUAACGUUCUCUCUCCUACUCCCAGGUUCUGCCCUCGCUGUUCUCAAGAGCGGAAGAAGAAGUGAGAGUUAAACCUUCUAUACCCUGAGGAGGGAGCAACAGAUAUACCGUGUCAUGUUUUACUGACACCCCUUUCCUGGGGCUGGGGGUGUUUUACUGUCAGUAUUAGGAGCUGCCUCUUGCUUUACCUGGUGAUCUGGUGCUGAUUUAUUACUGUAAGUGGCAGAGAUUUGUAUUAAUGUUACUAGGUUAAGCUUGGGUAAGGCGUCUGACUUUUUUUUUUUUUUAAAUCAUCAUUAUUUUUUGGAUCUAGGAGCAGUAUAGAUAUUCAGUCCUUGUAAUCACUCCAUUCACAAUUCCUGACUACUGUAUAUAUAAUCUGCCUGUGCUACAAAGUCAUAUCCUAUUUCUGCCCCCAUUGUUCUGCAUCUAUUCCCAUCCUAAAAUUGCAGGCCUUCAUUUCCAUGUUUCUUCUCUCGUGGAUUCCUGCCUCUUAGACUUUGUAGUACACUCCACCAAUUUCACUCCCCUCACUGUAGAAAUCCUUAAGCACUCAUAUGCCAUUCCUUAGCCACUUGUUUUCUUGAAACAGUCCUUAGGUACUCGCCUACUCUGCUCUGGCACUUGCACCUGUGUGAUAGUAGGCAAUCCUGCAGAAGCCCUAGAUAUCUGCACUGUGUGUUGUAACAUUAUAUAGGAGACCACAUGCUUUGCUUGCCAGUAACAGUUUGUAAGCCCUCUUAUACACUACAAGCUACUUUCACUAAGCACCAAACUGUUCAGAACUAAAGUCUGAAUGACAAAUUAUAGCUUAAAAUAACAAAGGUUUGAAUAUAGCUGUACUAGAAAAUCCCUAAAAUGUUUUUCAAUUCAUCAUCAUUCUAUGUUCAAUAAACAUACCACUCUGCCUGCUUUUAACAGUGCCUAGGCAGUAUCACACUUCAUCUGAGUCACUUGCCUUCCUGUAACAGAUUCUAAGUAGCCACAUACACUACAACUUGGUCACUUGAGUUCCUGUAACAAUUUCUACGCACUCUCAUAUUCAAUAUUUCUUCUCUGCUUUUCUGUAACAUUACGGAAAUAGCCACAUAAAAUAGGUGUCAGGAAGUUAUCUCAUUGCAACAAUUCCUUGGUACUUGCAUACACUACACCUCUUUGCCUUUCUUACUUGUAAUAAUCCCUAGAUAUUCACACGGUACAUUUUUGCACUGCCUCACUGUAACAAUUGCUACGCACUGACAUACACUAUGUCUCUGUCCUCAACGUAGCAACCUCUAGGCACUUCUAUGCCUGAUAACAUUUCUGUUCAGCCCCCAUGAAGCUGCUUUUCUGUCCUGAUAUCAUUAUUAUUAUUAUUAUUAUUAUUAUUAUUACCACCUUAAAUUCUCUCAUCUCUACCUUUGAAUUUUGGUGCUAAAUAGGCUUUUUCCUUUAUUUAUUAAAAGGAAGCCUUUACAAUAGGAUGUUUAUUCAAAGGGUUAUAAAAAAAAAAAAAAAGGAAACGGUUACAUAAAAGAGACAUUGAUCCACGUACCCCUAAUUCUAGGAAAAUCUGUGUAGUAUGUGCAUGCAGCAGGUCAUAUUCCACCACCUUGGCUCUAGUUAUUUGACUAUUUUAGCCUUUGUUCCUAUUGGUGGUUCAUCCAGAGGGAUCUUUCUUUAUUUACUGCAUCCUGCCUGGAAUAUAAUUCUUCCUUGUCCUAACUUCUAUGCCCUAAUCUAACAGUAUGUGUUUUCAUAGAGUUGGCAAAAAGAAUAAAAUGUGAAUAAAAAUAAAUAAAAAAAAUAUUGUUUGCUAAAGUUCAAAGUGCAUGUGUUUUAAAAUUGCUUUGCAUUGAAAAGCAAAAAGUGUUCUGGUUUGUCAUCUUAGAAAAUGACCAAUGCAGUGACUGAUCUGAUUAAAAGAUCCUCUGGAGGUUGCCGUUCUUGUCUCAGCACACUGUGGUUUGCCUAUUCGUCCCCUGUUAUAAUACUUUGUUAAAAAAAUACUGUUUUAUCUGUGUGAUCAUUUUGUGUAGGUAAAAAGAACAAGAAUAGUAGAAAAACAGUGGGGGGAAAAAAAGUAGCAGCAGGUCAAUAAUACUAGCUUAUGUGAAUUAAGCGUAUUAUAAAAUAAACUGCAUGUAGACCAUAUAAAAUGAAAUAGAUCAUCAUGAGCCCAGACUGAGUUCUUAUAUCAAAAUAUGAUUGUUCAAGAUAGUAUCUUUCAAAAUAGUUUUGGAAUUCCAUCUUUGGAAAUUACCUUCGUGUAUAACGGAUCCCUGCUAUGGUGGAGACCUUCUUGUAUAAUAGAUCCCUGCUAUGGGAGUGGUACUGUAUUAUGGAUCCCAGCUGUGGAAUGGACCGUCCUGUGCAAUGGAUCUCUGCUGUGGAAGGCACUCUUGUGUAUAAUGGGUUCAUUCUGUGAAAGGGGCCUUUUUUAGUAUAAUAGAUCUCUGCUGUGGAAGAGGGGCUCUCCAGUAUUUCUGUGAAAGAGAUUCUCCUGUAUAAUGGAUCCCAGCUGUAGAAAGGGCUGUCUUGUAUCAUGUAUCCCUGCUAUGGAAGGUACCCUCAUGUAUAACGGAU